AUGGCGGACUGCCCCGGACAGGUCCCUUAUGGGAUCUCUAUUUCUCCAAUUCCCGGUAGUCGCUUCGCCGAUUUGACUGAAAAGAAUCAGUUUAUUGGAGAAGGCUCGGACGCAAAGAAAUCUUCAGAAGACGAUGCUGACGACAGUGAGGACAAUAUGGAUGCCCUUAUUGAGGACUUGGAAUCGCAUGAUGGCCGCGCAGACGAAGAAUACGAAGCUUCUGAUGAUUUUGACAGUGCUGGGGCCGUUCCCGACGAACUACUCCAAACGGACACCCGUACUGGCCUCACUGACAGUGAAGUCUUGGCCCGUCGAAAGAAGUAUGGUCUCAAUCAAAUGAAGGAGGAGACGGAAAACCUCUUCCUUAAAUUCCUGUCGUACUUCGUCGGCCCGAUUCAGUUUGUUAUGGAGGCCGCUGCGGUUCUGGCUGCCGGGCUUCAGGAUUGGGUUGACUUUGGUGUCAUCUGUGCUCUCCUCUUUCUUAAUGCCGCCGUGGGUUUCGUCCAGGAAUACCAGGCCGGGUCUAUUGUCGAAGAACUGAAGAAGACUCUUGCUCUCAAAGCUAUCGUGCUUCGUAACGGAGAUCUGUUUGAGGUCGAAGCGUCCCAGGUAGUACCAGGCGAUAUCUUGCGAGUUGAGGAGGGCACGAUCGUUCCCGCUGACUGUCGAAUUAUUACUGAGCAAGCUUUCCUUCAGGUCGACCAGUCCUCUAUCACGGGCGAAUCUCUGGUAGCUGACAAACAUUAUGGCGAUACCUGCUAUGCAUCCUCUGCUGUGAAACGAGGCGAUGCAUUCGUUAUCAUAACUGCAACUGGUGACCACACGUAUGUUGGACGUGCGGCUGCCAUGGUCAAAGCUGCUUCCGCUGGUAGUGGUCACUUCACUGAGGUCCUCAACGGCAUUGGCACAGUCCUACUCAUCCUGGUUAUCAUGACCUUGCUCGUCGUCUGGGUAGCCUCCUUCUAUCGGUCCAACGGCAUUGUCACGAUUCUGAAGUUCACCCUGGCCAUCACAAUAAUUGGCGUGCCUGUCGGUCUACCUGCGGUCGUCACAACGACAAUGGCAGUCGGUGCUGCAUACCUAGCCAAAAGGCAGGCUAUUGUGCAGAAGCUUUCUGCCAUCGAGUCUCUGGCUGGCGUGGAAAUCUUAUGCUCUGACAAGACUGGCACGCUGACAAAAAACAAGCUAUCACUAGCAGAUCCUUACACUGUCGCUGGCGUGGACCGUGAGGACCUUAUGCUGACUGCCUGUCUGGCCGCUUCCCGGAAGAAGAAAGGCAUAGAUGCUAUUGACAAGGCAUUUCUCAAGGCACUCCGACAGUAUCCCCGCGCGAAGAGCAUGCUCACGCAGUAUAAAGUUCUCGAGUUUUACCCGUUCGAUCCUGUUUCCAAGAAAGUUACCGCUGUAGUGCUGUCCCCUCAAGGAGAACGGAUCGUCUGUGUGAAAGGAGCUCCGCUUUUUGUCCUGAAGACUGUCGAAGAGGACAACGCUGUCCCCGAAGAAGUCGUAUCUGAUUACAAGACCAAAGUCGCUGAAUUUGCCACGCGUGGUUACCGUUCUCUGGGCGUUGCUCGGAAGCGUGGUGAGGGUAAGUGGGAAAUUCUAGGGAUUAUGCCCUGCUCAGAUCCUCCUCGGCACGAUACUGCUCAGACGAUCAAUGAAGCAAAGACGCUAGGUCUUCAGAUAAAAAUGCUAACUGGCGAUGCCGUCGGAAUUGCUCGAGAGACUUCGCGCCAGCUCGGCCUUGGAACAAACGUGUACAACGCAGAGCGUCUUGGCCUAGGAGGUGGUGGUACGAUGCCCGGCUCUGAAGUCUACGACUUCGUAGAAGCGGCGGAUGGUUUUGCGGAGGUGUUUCCUCAGCACAAGUAUAAUGUGGUGGAGAUCCUACAACAACGUGGAUAUCUGGUCGCCAUGACAGGUGAUGGCGUCAAUGAUGCUCCAUCACUGAAGAAAGCCGACACAGGAAUUGCUGUCGAAGGUGCUUCAGAUGCUGCCCGCUCCGCCGCGGACAUUGUCUUUCUUGCCCCAGGGCUCACAGCAAUAAUUGAUGCUCUGAAGACUUCACGCCAAAUCUUCCACCGCAUGUACGCGUAUGUGGUUUAUCGAAUUGCGCUGUCCCUCCAUCUUGAAAUUUUCCUGGGACUCUGGAUGGUGAUUCUGAACGAGUGUCUCAAUUUACAGCUGGUCGUUUUCAUCGCCAUUUUUGCUGAUAUCGCAACUCUGGCCAUCGCCUAUGACAAUGCUCCCUUCUCCAGAACACCUGUCAAGUGGAACUUGCCAAAACUCUGGGGUACAUCCAUUGUCCUGGGUGUCGUUCUGGCGAUCGGUACCUGGAUUACACUCACCACCAUGUUGGCUGGCGGCGAGGACGGAGGAAUCGUGCAGAAUUUCGGGAAGCGUGAUGAAGUUCUGUUCCUGGAGAUUGCAUUGACAGAAAACUGGCUGAUCUUCAUCACCCGUGCCAGCGGCCCGUUUUGGUCGUCAAUUCCCUCCUGGCAGUUGACGGGGGCGAUCUUGAUAGUGGACCUUCUGGCAACCUUCUUCUGUCUCUUCGGGUGGUUUGAUAAUGGCAACACCUCCAUCGUUGCUGUUGUCCGCGUUUGGGUCUUCUCCUUCGGCGUGUUCUGCGUUAUGGGGGGCAUCUACUACCUUUUGCAGGGUUCGAAGGGCUUCGACAACAUUAUGCACGGUAAAAGUCCUCGGAGUAGCAGCGUCAAACAGCGUUCCUUGGAAGAUUUUGUUGUCUCAUUGCAACGGGUGUCAACGCAGCAUGAAAAGAAUCCAUAGACCGGUAUUACAGCUGGGGUGGCAGUCCGUUGCUAAAGGGCCCGAUUAUUUGAAUGUGUCCCUUCCCUCGAACCUCCAAGAGUGUCUUCAAAUUUUGAGACCAGCUUCUUCUGACAACUUGAACUUUUCUGUCCUUUCUUCUUACGCUUAAUAGGACUCAGUCAAUCACGGCGCUUGUGUCCGCUCUUUAUUGUCAUUCUGCGUAUAUAUUCUUGAGACUGCCCUUUCCACCUUCUCUUUGCCCUGUAUGUUGUAUUGCGCGUAUGGCUUAGCUAUGUGGUGUCUCGGCGGAGGGGAUUUUACUUAUGACUGUUAUUGAUCGACUUUGAAGUUGUUCUUUUUUCCGUUAUUGGAAUUAAUUAAGGGGGCCAACAAUGAGGGAUAGGAUCCAGUUCCCUAGCUAGGUAUAUGAAAGCCGUUUCCAGUUUCAGAGUCGUUUAAUAAUAUUGAACAAGGAGCGCUGCGCAUUUUAAACACAUGCAGCGAGUGAUUCC